AUGCGGAAGACAUCACAAGAUGGUGGAGAUUCCACUUCUAUUACGAGUGGAAUAGAAAACGAAAUUAAAAAGCCCGGAGCAAUUGCAAAAACUAAAAGAAAUUCUAUUAAACGGAAAGUUCAAAAUUUCAGUCACGAAUCUGAUGAUGCUGUCAUAGAGCCACUUUUACAGAAAGAUAAAGAAAAGCCUGAAACAACUAGAUCAAGUGCCAAAUUUAAUCUUUUGUCAAAAACUAAGACUGACGAUUUGAGUGAAAAAGGAACAGAUAAAGACAAACUAAUAACAGACGAUAAAUUGCAAAAGUCAGGAAUAUCGAAUGCUUCUAAUAUCACCGACAGAAUAUCACCUAAUGCGAAAGAAAAUAAUAUACCUAAAAUUACAAAUUCUAAUGCUCCUUUACAUAAUCACAUGAAUACCAAUGUGUUUGGUUCUCCUGAUGGUUUGAAAGGGUUUGUUGCACCAAAAAGUCAAAUUUUAGUCGAGAUUGAUGGCUGUAAACAAGUUGGCUAUAAUCCAAGUCCACUAAUAUUUACAACAGCGAAAAUCCAUACUGAUGGCAAAACAAAACACAUGGAACCGGUUCAAGUAACUCCAGUACCCAUUCUGUCAACGAUUGAAGUGAGUGUAUUAAAAAGUGGGAGCAAUGCAUCUGAAAGUUCUGGUCAAGUAAGCUCCAAUAUUAGUACAGUAUAUGCGAUCCCUCAUAGUAGCAAAAGUAUAAUAGACCCAACCUACAAGGCUGUCAAUAAUGCACCAACAACACAAAACAAGGCAAUAAUUGAUAACAAAAUCUCUAAUAUAACAAGUACUGAAUUAGAUAAGACCUCAAAAGCAUUACCCUCUAGCACAGAAAUAAAACCAACACAACCUAAAAUAUCUCCAACUGGAAUACCAGUUACUAUGGCGGGAAAUAAAAGUUUUAAUAAAGAUAAUAAAUCAGAGAAAUAUAUAAAACCACCUACAACGCAAGCUGGUAGCGAUGCCAAAGUUACAUUAAGUUCAAUUAUUACGACAAAACCUGUAACAACUAAUAAUUCUAUGAAAGACAGUGGAACAUUCGAUAAAACUAAAGAACCUGAACCUAAAAUUGAAUUGAUUAAGACUGCUAAGCUAGACAGCAUAGAUUCAAAGACAAACAAAGAGCGUGACGACAUUAAAUCGAGUAAGGAUAAAAUUAAAGAACCUUUAAAUACUUCUAUAAGUAGCAGGCAAUUACAACGCCAAAGUAUUGUUGACAAGGAAGAUACGAUAUCAAAUAUAAAAUCAACUAACGAUUUGAAAACUACGAACAAAUCAGUUGACAGUCAAAAUAAUAAAUCAGCAGAUAGCCAAAAACCCUUUAACAUUGAAACUAGUGACAAAACUAAAUUGCCAAAACCUAGUGCCAAUAAUAUUCCAGUUACCAAUGUAGCAUUGAAUACCAACACUACCUCUAAUGCAGCACCUACUUUAUCCACUAAUGUAUAUAAAAAUUUUAGUUCCAAUAAAUCAUCAAUUCCUACAGCCACUACUUCAUCUGUCGUAAAGUCACCUAUUCCAACGACAAAAACUUUAUCGGAAGGUAAAUCACCCGCUACAGUAACUACUCCUUCAUCUGCUUCCAAAACGUCUACCGUUUCGUUGACUACGAGUAAAACAAUGGAAUCGACCACGAGUGCGUCGAACGCAACUGCAUCUACAAUCAGUAAAAAUAUGACUAUCCCUGUCACCACAACCCCUCCUGUAAAAAAGACAGUAUCCAACACCACAGUUCCAGUUGCUAAUAAAACAUCAGUGCCUGCAUCGAUGACUGUAGCAUCUAGUAAAGUUACUGUCCCGACAACUACAAAAACAAUAGAAAAUAAAUCAGUUGUGAAAACCACACCUGCAACUAAUGCUCCGAGUAACAAGACGUCAACGACAUCUUCAGGAGCAAACAAGGGACAUAGUCCUAUAGUUACGACAUCAACGGUUAAAGUUACUUCAGGGCCUCAUACCACGUCGACGAUCGAAAACAAAGCCACAUCGAAUUCAAUUUUAACAGCCAAACCUAACAUUUCUAACGCUUCUUUAGUAAAACCGAGUGCUACCACUGCUUCAGUUUCAAAGGCUUUAAAUACUGAAAAAUCGUCUGGUGCAGCUACAUCUGGAAAUAUCAAGCCAGAGGUGACAAAUGCAAGCUCCAAUGCUAAAUCACAAGUAUCAAACAUCCAAUCCAAACCUACGAAUUCAAUAACUACUACAAAACCAUCAAAAAUUUCAUCAGAGGUAACUCCUGCAACCACUUCGCAAAAAGUGGAUUCAGCUAAAUCACAGAAUACAAUAACGACAGCAAAGUCUGUAGCAAGUAAAACUAUCCCUCAAAAUACAGCAGGAAAAUUGACAGACUUCGCACCCAAGAGCUCAACAAGCAACGAAAAAAAUGAAAAACCUUCAUCAGUAAAAAGUACUGUUACAUCAAGUUCAGUUACAACGAGCGGAGUGUCAAAUGUCACGGCUACUGCUGCUGCAACUUCUACUACCUUGGCUUCUUCUGGAUCAUCAUCGAAAACUACAGAAGGUAAUAAACAAAAUGACUCAAAGUCAAAAGAAUUAAGUAAUGGUAGCAAAAGUUUAAAAGCUUAA